AAAUUAAGGAUGUUUCGGAAAAAAGCAUCUUCCUCCUUGAGAAUGAGAAGAAUAACAGAAAGCGCUAGAUGGAGUAUUGACCGUGGGCGGAGCUUGUCCUUCCAUGAGGUGCGUAGCCAGCGUGAGGCAGAGAUGAGGGCCGCAGCCGAAGAGUCGUCCAGCAGCAGCAGUGUUGGAGGUGGCGGCAGCACCGUCCUGCAGCGCCUCUUGCAGGAGCAGAUGAACCGGAAUUAUGUGCUGCAACAACAGCAGCAGCAGCAACAACAAGGAGCAGGAGGUGGAGGAGGUUACUCAGGACAGGGACAAGGACAGGUAUGCCCCUCUGACGAUCACUCCAUGACCCCCCACAUUGCCCGUCAGGAGCCCCAGGGACAGGAGCUGCAGACGGACAAUGGCCUGGAGAAGCUCGGCUCCACCAGAGUAGGAGGAGGGGGUGGGAGCAGUGGAGGGGGAGGAGGAGGCAGCAGUGGAGGUGGUGGGAGCGGCCAAGGGCAGUGCCCGAACCCUGAGGACCUCCCUACCUAUGAAGAAGCCAAAGUGCAGUCACAAUACUUCCGUGGCCAUGGUCCUCCUCCUCCUCCUCAGCAGCAGAACAACCAGCUCCAGCAGCCUCCUCUUCCUGCCUCGGUGGGCACUGCCUUUUACGUCACAGGGGUGACCAGCACCAAGGUGCGUACUGAGGGUCGCCCCACGGUGCAGCGAGUGAGUGGCGCAGGAAGGGUUCACCAGGAUGAUGGACUGAAGGAUCUGAAGCAAGGACACGUUAGGUCCCUCAGCGAACGACUUAUGCAGCUAUCCCUGGCCACCAGCGGUGUGAAGGCUCACGCUCCUGUCACUAGUGCCCCGCUCUCCUCACAGCUGCCCCCGCCAGGGAUGCCCGGUGACUAUUACAAGCCGCAGCACCGUGGCCCACCUCCAGACUACCCUUUCAAAGCAAUGGGCUCGCCUGGCAAGCAGCAGGAGCCUGGUGGCCAUUUUUACCAGGAGCAGAGAGGGAGGGAGCACUCGAGGGAGGUGCUCCAUGUCCGAUACCAACCCCCCCCUGAGUACGGCUCAUUCAGCCACAGAUAGACAGGAAUGAGG